AACUCUAACAGGAGGUGGAAUGGAACAAUUAAUUGUGUUUCCACUCGAUGGCGAUGCAAACAUCCAUGCUCCAUCAAAGCAGCUGAAUAAUCAAGAGGACAAAUCAAUGCAGCCUACUGAAUCCAAGUGGAAGCUGGUGAAGAAGCUCAGAAAGGGCUCUAGUUUCAUCAGCAAAGCAAGUCGAACAGGAACAGACACCAAAACCCAGCUGUUUGGGCAGCCACUCUGCAAGAUAUGCCCAGACGACUGCUCACUUCCCAAACCAGUCACAGAGAUGCUGGUGCUGCUGAGGAAGAAAGGGCCGUCCACAGAGGGGGUGUUUCGGAAGCCAUGCAACAACAAGAACAUGAAGGACAUCAGAGAGCAGCUUAACAGUGGCCUGGAGGUGGACCUGGACGGCCAACCGGUCGUUCUGCUCGUUGGGCUGCUUAAAAGUUUUCUGAAAGAACUUCCUGGCAGCCUGCUGGUGUCUGAGCUUUAUGACAGUUGGAUGAUGGCUCUGGACAAUGAAGACACUCAGCAGAAGGCUCUGGAAAUCACAAAGGUGAUAGAUGAGCUCCCAAGGCACAACAAGCUCCUCCUGCAGCAUCUAGUCUGCAUUCUGCAUCACAUCCUAGAGAGUGUUGACAUCAACAAGAUGGACGCCCACAACCUGGCGGUGUGUAUUGCCCCCACGCUGCUGCAGCUGGAUAGCACGCCGCUGGAUGAGCAGAAGGAAAAGAUGAAAAAGGUCACAGAGCUCACUGAGUUCCUGAUUGAGCACUAUAAGAUACUUGGAGAGAAUAUCCCAAAUCUACUGGAUACAGAUGAAGACUCACUGUGCUCCCAGCACCAUGACUCUGCGUAUGACAGCACUGACCCAGAUGGAGAUGGAGAAGCAGGGGAGACCUCCACACGUGGAAAGUGUGGCUCAUCUUCCUCUCUCAGUCCCAGCACAACCACCUCUUCUUGGGCAAAUGAUGCUAUCUUCAAUACAAAGCCUGAAUUCAACCGUCGCUGCUCUGAGCCCAUCAUCCUGCUCUCAGCUGAUAUUCAGAGCUUGUGCAGCCAUGCCAGAAGCCACGAUGACUGCUCUAUGAAGAGGGACUUUGAGGAGAAGUCUCUGAAAAAGCCAAUUUCAGAUGACUCCUUCUUGCUUGGACAAGGUGGCGCAAGACCAGUAUUGUUGUUUACAAAACUGAGCAGAAGCUCCAACACAGACUCACUGGCUUACAUAGAAGGUAAUCGCAUCAGAGACUGCUCAUGCUCUUCCUUGGAAAGCGCUGCCUCCAACCAAUCAGAGGGCUCUGUUUUCACCAGUUCCCCAGUGGGGUCACCACCCUGCUCCAGGAGAACAAACACUACUGGCCAGCUGACAGUGGGGGUUAAGUCUCAGCAGGACAUUGCCAGACUGAUUUCAGAUGAGAGGAGGCGUUCACAGUCUAUGAGACUACCCAGUAAAGUCCUGGGGAAUAGGAACUUAUCAGCAGCAGGCAGCCUGAAGAAAGACUCUCAGAAGGAGAACGCCUUCCCUUGUGGAACUCUCCAGGAGGACUCUCAGAGUGAAGCAGACCCACCAGCAGAGCUUCUGCGCAAACCUCGCCCUCUGUCUGCCAUUGAAGUGUUUAAGCAAGUGGACAGCAGGCUGCCCUGCAGGCCUCCAACGUAUGAGCAGGCAGUGCGGAAUGUGAGCCUCCCUCCACAGUAUGGAGCAUUGACUGUACAACAUGCCAUUGAGCUGGAGAGAAGGUCCCGCCCAUCCUCUGUAAAUUAUGACUUCCCAUCAGCAUGCUCUGUCAAUCAGUACAUAGACUGUUUUGCUCAAGCAGCACAGGACAAAACCAACACCGCUGAGCGGCGGAAGCCUUUCCGCCAGAGAGCCAUGUCCGAAUCUGUGUCCGCAGGCCAUCAUGAGGUUGUGUCACGAAGAUGUAGCCAGCCUGUGUUUGAGGAAUUUUCUUACGCCAAGGAGUCUUAUGUUUGAUCGACUUUGGAACUGUUUCACAGAUCAGAUUUUAGAUAUGCAAACAUUUCUCAAAGACAGAAGUAAUUCAGAGCUGAACAUCAGUGGGUAAAGUCACUGGACCAACCGGUUAUCAUUCCAGCAGGCUUGUUUUUUAUUUUUUUUUUAUUUUACUUUCUAACCAAGAGGACUUGAUAUGACCAGAUUGCAUGUUUUCAUUUAGCAACAAGACUACUUCCCUUCACAUACACAACACCCCCCUAACCCCACUCCUUACCUUUUUACUAUUCUUUGGCUGGUUAGACAAAGAAACUGUCUUUUAAGGCCCUUCCCACUAAGCAGCUCUGUCAGAGCAAUGUUUGUAUAUGCACGUAAAGUCAGAUCGUUUAAUGUUCCACUGUUUCACUUUGAAUGAACGUCAGCUUUGUGGUGCCUCCUUGGAUGCACUUUCUCUGUAGUACUAUUUAGAGUACAAAUAUAAGAUAUGUAAUUAUCUUGAUAGAUAUUUAGUCUAUCACAAUGAAGCUAUGACAGCACUGUUAGCUGUGUAUAAAAUAUGCUACAAGUUCUGAUUUUCUAUGUUUGUGUGAAGUUUUGUCAACAGUGAUAUGUGCAUUAUAGCACACUGAGCACAAUGGGAUUUUUCAGUUUGUUUGUUUUGCUUUUUGUAAAUCAUCACUUUGCAGGAUCUUCUUCUUCCACUACAAUGAAGCACUUUUUUGAAGAUGAGCUAUGCUUUGUUUACCUGUAUGCCUAAAAUGUAAAUAAAGUCAAC